GUCGGUCCAUCAAACCAACCAACCAACUGCAUCUAAGCUGUGACCAAGACCCGACUGCCGGUAUUUUCAACAGAGUCAUCAUAGCACCUUCAGCCCUCUAGAGCCGUCAAGGCCGCCCCAUCCAUCAUGGCGCCCACCCGUCCCCCAGCCCAGCCGUUCUCCAAGGACGAGAAGGUUCUCUGCUUCCAUGGCGAGAUGUUGUACGAGGCCAAGAUUCUCGACGUUCAGCCUGCCGAUAGUGGUGAGGGCUUCCAAUACCGCAUUCACUACAAGGGCUGGAAGAACACCUGGGACGACUGGGUCUCUAUCGACCGCAUCCGCAAGUUCACUGAGGAAAACAAGGAGCUCGCCAGCACGCUACACGCUCAGAUGAAGGACUUGCGCCAGAAGAACAGCGCGAAAGCCCCCAAGAAGGGUCUCCGCGUCAAUGGCCCCGAUUCCGCUCGCGGCAGUGAAGAGCGAACUGCGGCGGUAGCCGCUAGUGGACGUGGUCCUCGACGGGCGAGGGACUUUGACCUUGAGCAGGAGGAUGGAUUCCAUGCGCGCCCGUCCAUCAAGUUGCCUAUUCCCGAUCAUAUCAAGGCAAUGCUUGUCGACGACUGGGAGAACAUCACUAAAAACAACCAGCUGGUCCCGCUCCCUCAUCCUCACCCCGUCGAUGACAUUCUGAACGACUACCUCAACUACGAGCGCCCCAACCGAGAAGAUGGUUCUGCAAACAUGGACAUCCUCGAAGAAGUCGUGGCUGGUCUCCGCGAGUACUUUGAGAAGUCUUUGAGCCGGAUCCUUUUGUACCGCUUUGAACGCCCCCAGUACCACGAGAUCCGCAAGGUAUGGGAGAAGGCCACGGAGAACGACAAGCAUAAGUCUGUCUGCGACACAUAUGGCCCCGAGCACAUGUGCCGCCUGAUGGUGUCAUUGCCUGAGCUCGUUGCCCAAACAAACAUGGACCAACAGUCCGUUUCGCGUCUGCGUGAGGAACUCUCCAAGCUUACAGUCUGGCUUGGCAAGAACGCGAAGAAAUACUUUGUCAACGAGUACGAGACUCCUUCUCAGGAGUAUAUCGACAAGGCCCGGAGUUUCUAGGCACCCAGGCCUGAUCAUGAAUCAUCCUAAAUCGAGCGGCCAUCCGUCCGCCGUUUCGCCUCGGUAUGUUUUUUGCGAGUUUGGCAUCGCUGGCUAUCGGCCCAGCCAAACAAGAUUGGCGGGAAACGCACUGGGGGAGGCGUGAAAGGGCCAAAUGUUUGUACAGCCUGCUACUAUUAGGCUCACUUAACCAGUAUGAAGUGUUGAGACAGAUACAUACGUAAUCAUUGCUUUUCUUUGAACGCAGAGCAUCCCACCUAGGGGGUACAUUCACUUGAGACUGGCGAGGAAACAAGGCACGAUUAUUGGCACGUCUUGCACAUCGCCAAACUUUGCGGUUUCCUCGUUCAAGUAGAUAGUUGCCACCGCGAAUGGCAACCAGCGACCUCUAGGUUAACGUAACACAAUGAUGCUAGGCUUGAAUCUCUUGAGGCCUUGAGUGAACUUUUAGUUUCUUCCGUGCAAACACCCAUGUCUGCAUAAGUUGUUGUACAUUCUACCAUGACUUUGUACAGGUUUCCUCCUGGUGAUGGUACACAAAUCGAUGGUUUUCUUUCACCAGUCCGUCGCAGGUAACGUCUGGGUGACCAAGGCAGCUCUAUCUCCUAUCUGCGACGAGUCGAUCAGAUUUCGAUCUGCACCCCUCCUCCGUCCUGAAUUAUCUUCUCUCUAUGCCUCUCGGUGCUCUCUCUCUCUCCUUCUCUCUC